UUGGCACACAUUUUUGGAAUACACAGGUACGAGUCGCAAUGUCGGAUAUUUGCUUCCAAUGUUAUUUUUUAAAGGAAUUGAUAACAGUAUGAACUACAAGAUAAUCAAUUUGGCAUUGUUUUGGCCUUUGCCUCGGUUGUGGGCUAAUUUUCAAGUUCUUGCUUCCUUCCAUCAUUAAGUUUUUGCCUCGCGAAUUCAGCAGAGUUCCUGAGAUGAUAUCGUUGAUUAUUUGAACCACCCCCUAACAAGUUCCAAGGAGUCAUACUUUACAUAUCCACCCGAGCCGGAGUCACCGAUCAAUCAUGAUAUCCUCUUCAGGCCAGGAGUUGCCCCAGAUGGAUCAGACACAUUCACGCCAAGAACGCUCAUAUAUGACCUCAAAGGAGGCUUCGGAAGCAUGAGGAAGAUUAAUGCUUUGUAUGAGCCUGAAGACGACGGACUAUCUGGAGCGUCUGCAGUAUGGCGCUCUAAGCCUGUGAUACAUCGUUCGGAACCAAUCCCCGAGAGCACUUAUCAAACGAAUCUAUCUGCCGACCUUCCUGCACCAACUCUGACACCCGAAACCGUGAAAUACUGGUCAGAUUAUACUCGAGUCUUCUACCAUCCAAAGUCAUUGCAACAGCUUUCUGACUUUGACGUCAACGACAAACUGUUGCCCUUCGAAAGCUACGAUGUGGGAUUCGAUCUAUUUGAGAAACUGGAGCGGGAGAUAGACCUAGUUGAUGCAGAUCUGAGACCGUUCAUUGAAGAAUGUGACGGGUUGCAAGGUAUACAGAUCAUGACUGGAAUCGACGGGGCAUGGGGAGGGUGGACCUCAGGCUGGCUCGAAAGGUUACGAGACGAGUAUGGCAAGAAGAGCAUUUGGGUCUGGGGUCUUGGGGAUCAAGGUGCAAACACAGCAUACCCAAGAGAGAAAAGGAUGCAGCAGCUCUCGAACUCAGCACGAUCUUUGAGCGUGUUCGCGGAACAAGCGUCGGUCUACGUUCCAAUGGCAAAUGCUCCAUCAAAGUCACCGUCCUACAUCGAAUAUCAAGCGAAUUCUUCGUGGCACGUGGGCGCUAUGCAAGCCAUCGCCUUAGAAAGCAUGACAAUAUCUUCUCGAUUGAGAGCUUCCCAUGACGGCCGAGGGACUCUUCAGGACCUGGAAGACACAAUCAACAGCACCGGACAACGACGAAUCGCAAAAUUAGGAUUCAGCAUUGCAGACCCAGACGUGUUAUCAGAGAAAGUUUCAACACUUUCCCUGGAGGCGGAAAAGACGGGAAGCAUGGAGCCGAGGCGAUACAGCGAGGAUGAUGGUGAAGAUGACCAGCUAACCUCAUUCGAUAUGGAUAUGUUCACGUUGAGCUACCGUGCGGCUACCGUCAAAUCACGCAAGCAGGAACAUACAUUCGGGCGAGUGGAGAGUGCCCGAGGAGAGUGGACUGUUCCUGGAGUCGAGCCCUCACGGGAUCCUCGCGAUAGGUUCAACGACGGACCAGCAGUACAAAGUUACAACGCCCCGCUGCUCUUCCCAGUCCUUGACAGCUACCCGGCAAUUUUCAAUGUCGGAAAGGGCCAUACACAAAAGCUUGCGGUGCAUGCUGGCCUCACAACCAGCACAGCUGUCGCAGAGCAGGUGAGAACCGUGGAACAGCUUAUGAGACGAAUGCAUGGGAUCCAAGAGCGCGAGGAUCUAUGCAACAGACUACAAAUCAUCGCAGAGCAAUACGAUGAGGGAUGGGACAGUGGCAGCGAAGGCGACGAUGAUUGAGCAGAGCUUCCAGGGGGGAUGCAUGACUCCCCCCAGCAUCGUUGUUCGGCAUCAAUAAAUGCAGUGGCGGCCUUUCGACUGUGUGCCUGUUUGUCUGCGAAUGACAGACCAACAAC